AUGUUGGUUCUUGUUGACGAUCACAGCCGCUACUCCUCCAUUUUCCUCCUCCACACCAAAGACCAGGCGCCGACCAUUAUCAUUAACUGGGCAGAGCAAUGCCGCACCCACUUCAAACGUCCCAUCGGCCGCCUCCACUCUGAUGGGGGAGGCGAAUUCCUCAACCGCACUCUCUCUCACUACUGCGCCACCCAUGGCAUCCAACAGACCCACACUCUUCCCCACUCCCCACAGCAGAACGGCGUUGCAGAAAGCCGCAUUCGCGAAAUCACUAAGAUCGCCCGCUGUCUCCUUGCUCACGCCUCCACCCCUCCCUCUCUCUGGGGCUAUGCCCUCCUCCAUGCUGCCCUCCUCCUCAACCUUCACUCCCAUCCCCAACACACUGCCGCUACCCCCACGGAGCUCUGGUCAGGAACCAAACCUGACGCUGCCGGUCUCCGUGUCUGGGGUUGCAAGGCAUAUGUGCUUAUUCCUCCACCCGACCGCACCCAAGGCAAGCUCGCUCCUCGCGCCCUCGAGUGUGUCUACCUCGGACACAACCGCGACUCGCCUGGUUACCUCUUCCUUCACCCUCCCUCUGGUCGCCUCAUCCGCAGCAUUGACGUUGUGUUCGAUGAGACCACCCCGUACUACUCCUCCCCACCACCAGACCCCCUCCCUCCUCCCGCACGUCCUCUCGCUUGGGCCGACACCGUCCUCCCUCCCCUCCUCCCUCCGGCACCUCUUCUCCCACCCCUCCCCACCCCGCUUCCGCCACCUUCCUCCGCCGACGUCUACGAUCCCACUGCUCCUGCCUCCCCCACACACUCCACGGCUCCCCCUCCCCCCUCCCCUUCCCACUCCCCUCCUCAUCCAUCACAGCAGCAGCAGCAGCAGCAGCAGCAGCAGCAGCAGCAGCAGCAGCAGCAGCAGCAGCAGCAGCAGCAGCAGCAGCAGCGGCAGCAGCGGCAGCAGCAGCAGCAGCAGCAGCAGCAGCAGCAGCAGCAGCAGCAGCAGCAGCAGCAGCGGCAGCAGCAGCAGCAGCAGCAGCAGCGCAGCAGGCAGCAGGCAGCAGCAGCAGCCGCAGCAGCAGCAAGGGCAGCACCAGCAGCAACAGCAGCAGCAGCCGCAGCAGCAGCAGCAAGGGCAGCACCAGCAGCGGCAGCAGCAGCAGCCGCAGCAGCCACAACAGCAACAGCAGCCGCAGCAGCAGCAGCAGCAGGGGCAGCAGCCGCAGCAGCAGCAGGGGUUCCAGCAGCACCAGCAGCAGCAGCGGCGCAGGGCAAUUGCCCGCUCCUCACCCUUCCUCCUCCCUCGCAUGCACACCCGCUCCCUUGA